AUGAUCAUUCUCAGCGAUAAGCUUAUAAAACAACUGUUGCAAGGCCUGAAGGUCCCACAACUCCAGGAAUUUCAGUCCGUGCUUGCAAAGUCCCUAAUAGACUACCAGAAAGACCAUUCUCUGAUUCCUCCCCGAAUAGUUACCACCACUCCAUAUGCCACCCAUCUGUUUAUGGCCUCGACAGGCGAAAAUGUGGGAAUGAAAGCUUUGACAGGCUCCAAGCAAGGCUUUACAGGAGUGACCACUAUAUUGGACAAAGAGGUCGGCUUCCCCACCGGUAUCCUCAAUGCUGCUACUUUGACCGCUUUCAGAACUGCUCUUUGCACCAGCCUUGCUUUGGUCAAAACUUUCCCUAUAGAGUCUGUUGGUGAAUUCAAGGAAACACUGAUCUGCAUCGGGGUCGGUGCCCAAGGAAAGUGGCACACGAGACUGGCUCUAAUCUUGUACCCUCAACGUUUUAAUAACGUGGUUUUCGUCAACAGAUCUGUUGAUAAAGCUGAGGCAAUUGCUAGCGAGUUCCAGUCAGAAUUCCCAUCAAUUAAAUUCCAGGCAGCAAAAAUUGGUAGCAAGGACCUAAGAAGCUAUUUUGAAAAAGCGUCUUGCAUAUUCGGGUGUGUUCCAAGCACAGAGCCCACCAUCCUCAAAGACUACGUGGUGAAUAACUCUGUCGAAAAAGUAUUCAUCGGAGUUAUUGGAUCCUACAAGCCGCACAUGAUCGAGAUCGAGGGAGAACUGCUCAGGGCUUCCCUAUCGUCAGAUGUAAAGAUUCUAGUGGACUCGAUUAGUCAUUGCCUGGAAGAAGCGGGCGAGUUCAUCCAAAACGAUAUCGGCGCAUCUUCCCUAAUUGAGAUAUCCGAGCUUUACAUGGAUUCUGAAAAAGGUAGGGCUCAAGUGGAGGCAAUGGCGGCUUCGAAAGUUGUCAUUUCGAAAAUUGUGGGCCUGUGUAUCAUGGAUGUCUCGGUCGGAGCCCACGUGAUCGAGAAGGCCAAAGAACAGAACAUCGGUAUCGUUCUCGACGACUUCUAG